GUAUUUUAUUCUUUUAUUUUUAGUAUUAGUUAUAUUUUUAUAUACAAUAAACCAUGACUGAUUCUCCUCCUGAUAAAAAUGGCAGGUUAUUACUAAAUAAACCAAGAUGGUCACAAGAUACGUUUAGUGGAAGAGCCAAGCAUUUUUUUACCAUUACAAAUCCUUUAAAUUUGUUGGCAACAAAUGAGCAACUUACAUCUGCUAAAAUACUAGUUGAUAAAUACAAACUUGGUAUAGAACCUCCAGGAACUACUGCUGAACAAGUAUGGAGUGCAAAAUAUCUUUAUGACUCUGCAUAUCAUCCUGAUACAGGGGAAAAACAGCUUUUAAUUGGCAGAAUGUCAGCACAAGUUCCAAUGAACAUGACGAUAACUGGUGCAAUGAUGACAUUUUAUAGAACUACUCCAGCAGUUAUCUUUUGGCAGUGGUUGAAUCAAUCAUUUAACGCAAUUGUAAACUACACAAACAGAAGUGGGGAUGCACCAAUUUCCACAAGUAUGCUUAUGCAAGCCUAUGUUUCGGCCACUGGUGCAGCACUAGGUGUAGGACUUGGUCUUAAGAUGAUGGUUAAGAGAUUUCCACCAAUUGUAGGUCGUUUUGUACCAUUUGCUGCUGUUGCUGCUGCAAAUUGCGUAAACAUUCCAUUAAUGAGGCAAAGAGAAUUAAUGCAUGGUAUCCCUGUGUUUGAUGAAAACGGAAACCGGUUAGGAGAGUCUAAGAUUGCUGCACAAAAUGCUGUACAAAUGACAGUUGUUUCCAGGAUUAUUAUGGCAUUACCUGGAAUGACCAUACCUCCCUUCAUAAUGAACUAUUUAGAAUCUCGAACAUUUAUGAAGCGAAUGCCUUGGCUAGCUAGCCCUGUUCAAAUUGGUCUUGUUGGAGUUAUAUUAUGUUUCGCUACUCCGAUGUGUUGUGCAAUUUUCCCGCAAAUUAGUUCUUUAACCAUCAAUGAUUUGGAACUUCCACUUCAAGAAUCGAUUGCUAAAAAUUGGAAAGGCGUCGAUAAAGUGUACUUUAAUAAGGGUUUAUAGACAUUUUUAUGAUCAUUUUUUCGGAUAGAAUUUUUUAAUAGAUUA